AUGACGACUGAUCGAAUGCCUCCGUCGCUGCUUGGACUGGGCCGCGACAUUUUUGUGAUGCACAUCUUGCCUCAAUUGGACGCCAAAGACGUCAAUUCACUACGGCAAACCUGUAAAGAGCUAGAUACACUGGCUAAGGAUCCAGCCGUUUGGCAUGCUAUCUACAAUGCGAUGUUCCCGCCACCAGAGGCCAUGCCUCCGAUUCGGCAAGAAGGCUGGGAAGAGCGCUGCAACGAUCGCUGCAGUUCUCGUGUUUAUGCGUGGGGUAGUGCAGAGGCUGGGCGUAUUGGAGUGGCCUUGUCUGAUGUAGAUCGAGAUCAUCGUGGGAGACGUGGGGUGAAUCGUCCCUGGCCAGUUCAGGCGUUUUCAGAUGUUGUGGUGCGCAAUAUAGGCUGUGGUGGCUACUUUACGGCGAUUCUGUCGACCCACGGAGAAAUCCAGGUGGCAGGCGACUUUCACGGCCAGUUGCGAGGAGUCAGCCCACCAAUGCGGCUGAAGGCAUCCAAUGCCAAAUUCACGGCAAUGUCGUGUGGUAGAACGUUUCUGUUAGGACGUGAUUCUACUGAUAAUAUUUAUAUGUGGCUCCAUACACGAGAGUCCGAUGGUGUUUUACUUGAUCUUGGCGGUCUCCAGGUCCAAAAAAUGGUUGCAGGCUGGUCUGCAGCAGCAGUGAUCACGGACGAGGUAGGUGUGGCGGUAUGGAAAGUACCGGAGGUUGCGACCGAAACGUUCAAGGUGAAUUAUCUUGUGGUUCCACACACCGGAGGAGGAGAGAAAGGAGCGGGCGACUGGCGAGUCGUGGAUGUGGCGGUCGGGGCGUCGUUUAUAGCAAUCACGACGCAAAAUGGUAAAUUGUUCACCACAAAACUUGAUUUCGAAGCAGUGACUCUACCUGCUCCCGAGUAUAAUGCGGAUAUUCACGCUGCCGUCAACGGCGAGGGCAUUACCAAGGUCUAUACACUACUGAACCGGCUGGUAGCCGUAACCGCAAACGGGCACAUUGUGCAAACGCAAUGGGAGGACGGGCGGUUUACGCGAGUCGAGCUUCUGGAUCUCGAUGACGUCGUGCAAGUCGCCGUAGGCGACCACCACUGCUUAGCACUAACUACGAACGGAUCAAUUUACGCGUGGGGCACAGAACCCCACAGCUGCGGUGCAUUUGGAAUGGGUACACCCGCCCAGAUAGGCGCUGCCGGCGGCGAGACGAGACCGAUCCGCUGGUUCGCCAGCGACAGCACGCUGGCCAAACCAACCCGGGUGCACGCUCCACCCAUGUACCGGAUCGCAGCAGGAGGCUGGCACUCUGCGGCAGUAGGGAACAGGAAAUGUGGAGGUCAGGAUUGA